AGAAAAAAAAAGUUUUUCUAAAAUUCCCCCAAGUAGUGGCAUCGCCAAAUACGCCACAGCAGUGCCCGGAAUUCAUCUUCUCUUUUCUCCUGUUUAUUCCCACUCCGACCCUCUCCUCCUCCUCCUCCUCCUCCUCCUCUGGUCCAUAAACCAACCCCUCUCUUGCCUUCAAGUUUCCAACAGACCAGAAAAUUCAACAAGUUAAAUGGAGGAAUCUGAGAAAAGAAAGGAAAGGUUGAAAGUAAUGCGCAUGGAAGCUCAAGUGUCUAAUGACCUCGAGACUUCUGCAAUGCCUGGUUGCCUUUCGAAUCCGUUGAUCGAGACACCAUCGACUAUGCAGGAUGACUUUGGCGGAGUUCCACGUUUCGACUACUAUACUGACCCCAUGGCAGCAUUUUCUGCUAACAAGAAGAGGGGCAACAUUCAUAACCAGACUGUGCAACAAUCGUUUACAUCGCCAACUACCAGUGGUUGGCACGCACCAUCCCAUCCCGGACCAAGGAACUUCGAUAGGGAUUUGCCUGUCCAUCAGAUGCAAAGCCAAUUUUCAUCUGCUCAAGGUGUAUACAAUCAUGGUCCAUACAACCCAAGAAUAAGAAGUCCUUCACUCAUGCAUCCAGGCCAAUCUGGUGCUUGGAAUGGAUCACAGGCCACUGAUCAUUAUAACUUGGUAUCUGAUGGAACACCGAGAGGAAUGUAUAGUAAUCCUCCCAGGCAUCCUGGAACUUCUCAAAGGGUCUGGAAUCCUUCUAAUACAACAACUUAUGGUAAUUUUCCCGUCCCUUACUUUUCUAUAGGAGAUAGCCCUAGUUUCAUCUAUGGAACAGCCAGGCCUCAAAUGUUUGGUAACAGGCCGAAUCUUGAUCAAGGAGCUGGAGGUAGUGCUUAUUUCAGUCCAGGAAGAGGCAGGAGUCGUGGAUACACUGGGAGCAGCACUCCUGGUUUAGGAAGGAUUGUCGGACGAGGACAAGGUUUUCGUGGUCGUAGCUCAGCAUCAAACAGGAUAUUAGGGCCAGAGAGUUACUUUGAUCAAUCCAUGUUGGAAGAUCCUUGGCAGCAUUUAGAACCUAUUCCAUGGAAAAGACAAGAAGCUGGAAUGGAUAGUUCGAGUACUCCGGGCACUUCAAAUUCCUGGCUUCCGAAAUCCAUUGACCCAAAGAAGGCAAAAGUUUCAGAGGCUUCUUCAAACAAGUUUAACUCUCAACAAAGUCUGGCCGAGUACCUUGCUGCUUCAUUCAACAAAGCUGUUGAGGAUACGCAAAAUGAAUGAAAGUUGCUCAAAUCUCAAAGAACAACCACAAUUGGCUUGAAAUGAGAAGAGAUCUGUUAUGGCCACUUGAUGAGAUUUUCUUUUCUCCCAUUCUCAUUAAUCUCAGCAGGCUUAUCUUUGAGAUUUGAAUUCGAAGAUUUCUAGAUGAAACCAAUAUUAUUUUCAUGGAGGACAAGCAACGAUUUUGGCUUUCGAACUGGUCUGGGAUCUCCUCAUGCAUUUCAUUUUUGUGUUAAUAGCCUGUUCUAGGAAGGCCGACAAUACUCAUGCCAUCACUCGCAGAAGUGACAACUUAUGAAGACCAUAUAUGGUGGUUUUUUCCAUAGGCUAUUAUUGCAGGUAGAUGGUGUUCAGUUUACUUCAGAUAUGCCAAAAUGCUUGCUAUUUCACUUAGUUCCUUGUUUGAGAAUCACUUUUUAACUAUUGUUAUUUUAAUUUUACUUGUCUUUGACUCUUUACUAAUGAAUUGGUUGUUUCAAGUUUU